AUGGCAACUUCUUCCAAACCGGCAGAUGAAAGUUCGCGUCCAUAUGACGCACUCCUGAAUGACCAGGACUUUGACUGGAUGGUAUCUGAUGCGAAGUUCUCUGCUGAUACUAGAACCAACUUCUACGACCGCAGUCUGACAAGUCGGAGAUAUGCCCUUGUUGGAAUGGCAUGCUCAGGCAUUGUCACUUUAGCCAAUCACGGAGUUUUUGGAGUAACCGGGACCCACUUGACUGUGCAUGCUUACAAUUUCAAUAAUCCGUUGCCCCUGAAGGGGGAGAUAUUGGCCCUGGCACUCAACUUCAUCGUCACGUUGUGCACCGAGUCCAUAGGCCUCGUACACGGCAUCUCAUUGCACUCUGCGCUGGCCUCAGAGUCUCGACUUCGUUUCAACGCCAAUCUGCGCCUUCUGACCGCGGCUCGUGGGUGGUAUAACCCUAACGGAACCCUGUUCAAUGGUAUCUCGGCUGUCCUCCUCAUUAUAUCCUACAGCUCGGCUUCAGUCGUCGUAUGUCUCGACAUUCUCCCGUCACAUUGGGUUCUUGCAAUCGCAGGGUUUCCACUCCUCGUUUUGGGCAUCGCACUCCUCCUCCAGGUGAUCAUCACAUUGUCAGCGAUGCGGGCUAUCAAAACAUUGACGUGGAGCUCCUCACCUUUCGACUUGACUGCCGCACUGGUCUACCACACACAAUUAACUCCUGCUACUCUGCGGUGCAUGCAUUGUGUGUCUGACCUAGACACGUAUGGAGGUCCAGCGAAGCCAUCAGAGAUACAGCCCUCUGCGUGGCAUGCUCACCCUAGCAUCCGGAAAGUUAUGAUUUUUCUUUGGGUGAUCGUUGCAGCAUGCGCUGGAUGGGCCGCACUCAUCACAUAUAUCUCGCACAAGAAUUCUUUUGCCAUCCCGAUGACCACAAAAACGUGGUCGUUCUCGCCCAACGAGUCGUCCAGUUUCAUCCGGUAUUAUGUGCCGGGUGUCAAUCUUUGGAUAUGGAUUCUACUCUUCGUCAACAUGGCAGUCAUACAGGGACCGUUGACACUUGGGCUGCAUUGCUCAGAGCUCAUCGCGAAUGUCAUUCGAGACGAAAGACAGUGGAGAUGCGCUACCGAAAAGAAAGGGCUUAGAACAGCAACGAACUCAGUGAAGACGACUUUCACUCACCCGAUCUGUCUUGUACUUUUCGUCGCGAAGCCUUUCCUGCACUGGAUGUUUGGGCUUUCAUUCCAGAUAUAUAACGAUAUCUUUGACAUGACAAUACAAAGGUUGUCGAUCUGGAACUUAUGCAUUGCAUUGUUUAUAUUUGCCUGUUUCUUCACUUUUGUCGCACUGCGCCGACCGCGUGGCCCCCAACCGGCUGCAUACGGCCACCUCCAGACGCUCGCCAACCUCGUGGACGAGUGGUCGCCUGUGAUGUGGUGGGGACACAAGGAGGACGGAAUCCCGUAUUGUCAUGCUGGGACGAGCGAUCACCCGCUACCGGAUGUGAAGAUGGACUGUGUUUAUGCUGGUUCUGGUGCUGGGCCUCUUGUACCUUUCUCAUGAGAGAGGAAUCAUAUCCACGUCAGGCUGGCCAUGCAUUCACGGUGCACACAACCAGCCAUGCUGUUGAACGAUACACGUACAAUUUUUAUGCUGCUUGUUGCAUUGUGGGUAGUUCGUCUUGUUCUCAUGCCAUUCAUAUCUGGGACAACUUUUGGCGGAGACACGUUAGAUUCGACCUUCAAGCAAUUGCUGAAUCGUUGUGAUUCUUUUUUUCCGAUUUUAUGUCUAUUCAACAUGAGACUAUUCGGGACUGUCCCAGUACCUUAUCUAGUCUUGGAGCAUUAUGAUUUUGGUUGAUAAUC